ACCCUGGCCUCCACGCAACUGGCGAUGCCCAGGCAGUACCUGAUUGAUAUCCGUCUCUGAUUCAGUUUGGGCCUUGUCCUCCAGCCACGAACUCUGGUGACUAAUUCACAUUCAUUGUUGGAUGAAUGUUUUGAAACAAGAGGCGCAAAACACAUUGAUUCGUAUUUCUUGCCAAAUUUUGUUGAUGUUAGAUUAUUUGCAUAGCCUUGAUCUCAUCUAGCUGCGAAACGGCAAGCGCGACACCGAGCGAAGGAAGAGAUAAAUGCUUCAGCAUUCGCAGACGACAGUGAGAGGUCGAAGGAAUGGAGCUCUCUAGCCAAAUAAACCGACGGCGAGACGGCAUUGAGUUCGGAACGACUCGCAAUCUUUGAAACAAGCAGAUGUGAAUUUGUUCGCUGGUGCUUAAUUCGCCAGUUGCUGAGUCUCUCAUCUCAAAUGUCUUAGGCAAAGCUUGGUAAUUGAUGAAGUUGCGGUCUCUGGAUCUUGUCCUCUUCCAAAGCAUGAUGUUGAGAAGCUUAUCGGUUUCCUCUACAUUCAGGCCGUCAUCCUCUUCACCGUUUUAGUAUCAGGUAUCCGUUGCAUGAAAGCAGUCAAAUCACCUGCUCGUUUUGAGGCAGCGAAGGAGCAGCGAGGAACCCGGCCUUGACUUUGAGAAGCAUUCCUCCUAAAUUAGAAAAACUUAAAACCAAAGAAGUUCUCAGUUAAGUUUCAGACCGAUAGCUCAGCCCAUACUGUCAACAGUGUGAUUGCAAAUGAGAACGCACUUUAGAUUGCAAAUGAACAAAUUUAGUGUAUUAAGCAAACCCUUUCUCCAUGCGUGCACAGCGUUUGAAAAAUGUACAAUUUAUACACCUUGUGGUCUCAUGAGAGUCGGCUGCUGCACAGCUGGAUUCCUAUUCCAAUCUGGAGCCUGGUCAGAACGUUUUGGAAAUUAUCAUCUAUGGAUUUCUACAUCUGCAGUUGUGAAAUGCGUGUUUCUUCCUCUCACUGAUGAGAUAAGUCUGUUGCAUUGCAUGGUAAAGACCUGUUUCAUUCCGGUCAUGAAUCAAAGUCUACACUUUCCCAAGAGGAUAUCGCUUUGCAUUUAUACUCCGAAGAUGUCAUGUUGUAUGGCCCUCUGUCCCGUUAUUUGCAUGUGCUAAAUUUUAGACCCGGUUCGAGAAAUUAGAAUGUAAGCAUCGCAGCAUUUAGUGUGUUCAGCAAAAUUAGUUUUAAUCAUUUUGUUGAAACAUCUGCCGAGCUAACCUAAAAUGGCUAAUUCGGUCCCAUAUCUAUCACUUUGAGCUCAUUCAUCGUGUCGCGAGGUUUCUUCUUUCAUUCUACAGCCGAAUUGUCGAGCGGUGUGAAGCAGCUUGCAAGCAGGUUAGGGCAACAAUUUUGAGCUUGAGAAGGUAAGGAUUCCUGAUACAUUUGCUGACAGUUCGUGCGCUUAAGUCGUCGCUGACCCAUGACAAAGCACAGUGUUGAGGUCGCAACUGCCGGAGUCACUCUUGUUGGAUUCAGAGUGAAGAAGAUUAAGGGUGCAUUGGGCAUUACGCAUUUUCGUUUGUAGCUUGGCCCAUUUCGAAGAUUGUGAACAGGCGGUGGUCGGUGUGCGAAAACGAUUGAAGCAGCGGAGAGCAGAGGUAGAUUUUGAAGCUUUUGUGAUUUUGAGGUCACUUGCAAGAGCUGGAGUUCUCGGGCCGCAGACCUCAGCUUCUCUCUUGGGUGUUUGGUCAUCGCCGCGCAUUGCACCAGCCACGCUGAGACAUAAUUUCCAAUAAUAUCGAGUGGAGUUCGUGGGAAACUAGCUUGUACAACCUUUUUUUGAGCUUUUAGUUCAACCGAGCAUAAUCUCGAGAACGGAGAAGUCAUGAUCAUGAUGGUUUUCGCUGCGAGCGGUUUGAACCGAUGUCUCGCAGCACCAAAGUUCAGAUAGCUGUGAAUUCUAGGGUUUCAAAUGUGGUGACAGGCCUGGAAUUUAAUUAAAAAAUUCAGAUCAUUUGGCGCUGAAGAAUCCAAUUUUUGAAGAGCUCAUGACGACGCUGCUUACGGAAGCCAUUGCAAACCCUUUCAGAUGAAAUAGUCAACAUACUACUUGGAAAAGUUGUAAAGAUGCUGGACCAAGAGCUACAGAUCGUCGCAGGUCGUAGGGCUACCUCCGCUGACAGGAGCGCCUUUGCGUCUAUUUCACCUGAAGCUUCGACCUCCAUAGACGUUACGAAGAUGGAUGAACCUGUUUUGAAACCCCAAGACCCUGAACCAGAGGGGGAAGAAGUAGGUCUACUUGCAGACACGAAUAACGUUCCUCAGUUUCAGAGGAAGGUACUUUCAACGAGGAAGAAACGAUGGCAGCUGUUCGGAGUGGAGAUGUCGCCGGACACCAUCGCCAUUGCCAUGGUGUAUUUUGUUCAGGGCAUCCUGGGGCUGUCUCGUCUAGCUGUCAGUUAUUUUCUUAAGGACGACUUGCAUCUCGAUCCGGCCGAGGCAGCACUUUUGCAAGGCCUCUCUGCUCUUCCUUGGCUUAUCAAGCCCCUAUAUGGAUUCAUCAGCGAUGGAGUACCUCUGUUUGGGUAUCGAAGACGAUCAUAUCUUGUCCUAUGUGGCUUGCUGGGAGCUUCGUCUUGGUUCGCAUUGGCUACUGUAGUGAACAAUAAGUAUGCUGCUGUCUCUGCAAUUCUCCUCAGCUCUCUAUCAGUAGCCUUCUCUGAUGUUGUGGUGGAUUCCAUGGUUGUCGAAAGAGCCAGAGGCGAGUCCCAAGUAACAUCUGGCUCUCUUCAAUCACUUUGCUGGGGUUCGUCUGCAACAGGAGGCAUUGUAAGUGCGUACUUCAGUGGUUACUUCGUCGCCACAUAUGGUGUAAGGUUCGUGUUUGCUAUUACAGCUCUCUUGCCCUUGAUAACGUCAGUAGUGGCAAUCCUCGUAAAAGAGGAGCGCCGACGCGCAUCUACUGUUGUGGAUCUAGAAGCACUUGAAUUAUCUGGAGCCAGUCCACGUCUGGGAUUUUUGGAAACGUCAAGAAGCCAAUUAAUCUGUCUGUGGGCAACUGUAAAAGAGCCGAACAUAUUCAUGCCGACUAUAUUUAUCUUCCUUUGGCAGGCAACUCCAACGUCGGAUACAGCUAUGUUUUUUUUCACGACAAACCAGCUUGGGUUUGGAGCAGAAUUUAUGGGCCGUGUUAGACUUGUUACAGCAAUUGCAUCUCUUGCAGGCGUUGGUGUUUACAAUGCCUGCUUGAAACAUGUUGCGUUAAAGAAGAUAUUUUUUUGGAGCACCAUAGUAGGUACUCUUUUAGGUCUCACGCAGCUGCUCCUUGUCACGGGGAUUAACCGCAAAAUCGGAAUUGGAGAUCAAUGGUUCACGCUGGGCGAUACACUGGUGUUGACAGUUCUGGGACAGGUUUCAUUCAUGCCAAUUCUCGUCUUGGCGGCAAGGCUUUGCCCACCAGGAGUAGAAGCCACUCUAUUUGCAACCCUAAUGUCCAUCUCCAAUGGGGCCAAUGUGACUGGCGGCUUUUUCGGGGCAGGACUGACUAAGCUGUUGGGAGUGACCAGCCAGAGCUUUAAGCACUUGGCGCUACUGUUGGUUAUUUGCAACUUGUCAUCUCUAUUGCCUCUGCCCUUCUUAGGCCUUCUUCCCUCAGAAAGUGACAUGGAUGCUGCAGUUGAGAAGGCAGAGAAAGCUCUUCUAGAGAGGAGGCCAAGCUGGGUAGCUUUAGAGGAAAGGAACAGCAACCCCACCCUGGAGCCCAUGAAACAUUAGGACAAGUAAGCUCGAAGUAAGCGAACCCAAAACUUGCCCUUCUCUGCACAAUGCAGAAACCUUAUAUUCCACAGUUUCGCUUCCAGACCUCAAUCUCCAUCUAUUUAUUAAAUAAGUUGGAUGAGCGCAACAUCAUCUUGAUGUUGCCAUUAGUAAUAGCGUUGAGCAUGUCAAGCUCGUUUUCAUAGCUCUACCCGCAUUAAUUUAUGUGCGUUCCUCCGACAAAGCAUUGGAGACAUUCUCCAUCUCUUAGAUUUGCAAGUAAUAGGUCUGCAAUGGAUCCUGCUUUGGCCUUUGCAUCCACCCACAGAAAAAAGACGGCAGAUUGCCUAGAGAUUGAUUCAUUCGUUUUUUCGUGUUUAAUAAGCUACCAGGUGCAUCUUGUGGCUGGUGCAAAUUCUUCUCCCAUCUCUUCCCUUUUCCUACAGGAGUGCCUUCCAUUGGGACCCAUUAUUAUGCUUAUCUUUAGCUUACCCGUUAUUUAGUUUAUCUGCUAGAUUGAAAGUCUUGUUGCUACACCGCGCUCUAUGCUUGAAGCAAGCUGAGCUCCUGUUUCAACUUGAAUGGUUGAGGCAUUGAUGAUGAAUUAUUUUACAGACCAAUAGUCUUCCUCCACGUUCUACCCACAAUACUCACAGAAAUAAAGCGAGAUAUUUGUGUGAAGA